GCUUCUUCUCCUCACCACCACUUCUUACCUUAAUUUCUCCUAAACUAGCUAGCUAGGCCUCAAUUAUUAUUUGGUCAAGUUAGUUAGUUAGUUAUAAAUCUAUAGUCACACUCACAUCACACACACGUCUUCAAUGGCUGAUUUAGGUGGUGGCUCAGCCUCUUCCAAGAGAAUAUGGUGCUCUGUCCCUGAAAAACUCCAGCUCCAUGGGGCAAUGCUGGCCUUGCAGUUCGGCUAUGCAGGGUUCCAUGUGGUCUCAAGAGCUGCACUUAACAUGGGUGUUAGCAAACUUGUUUUCCCUGUCUAUAGGAACAUCAUUGCUCUGCUUCUUCUCCUUCCCUUUGCCUACUUCUUGGAAAAGAAGGAGAGGCCAGCGAUUACUUUGAACUUCCUCGUGCAGUUCUUUUUUCUGGCACUUGUGGGGAUUACAGCAAACCAAGCUUUCUACUUGCUUGGCUUGGACAACACAUCGCCUACCUUCGCAUCAGCAAUACAGAACUCUGUCCCUGCCAUUACAUUUCUCAUGGCAGCCAUAUUAAGGAUAGAGCAAGUGCGGCUGAAUAGAAAAGAUGGAAUUGCUAAGAUAGCAGGAACAGUGUUUUGUGUUGUGGGAGCAAGUGUGAUCACGCUUUACAAAGGUCCAACCAUCUAUAAUCCAUCACCAGCAGUUCCUCAUGUAAAUAGCAGUAGCAUAACAGCGCCAGUAAUUGAGGAGUCUUGGUCAUUUUCAUCACUGGGAGAUGCAAAUGGCAAGAACUGGACCCUUGGCUGCGUCUACCUCAUCGGGCAUUGCUUGUCUUGGUCUGCUUGGCUCGUGCUGCAAGCACCCGUCCUCAAGAAGUACCCGGCUCGCCUCUCCGUCACUUCCUACACUUGUUUCUUUGGGCUCUUGCAGUUUCUAGUCAUUGCUUUGGUCGCCGAGAGAGAUGCGCAAGCUUGGCUUUUCCACUCCGGUGGAGAAGCCUUCACAAUCGUAUAUGCGGGAGUGGUGGCAUCUGGAAUUGCCUUUGCCGUACAGAUAUGGUGCAUUGACAGAGGAGGCCCAGUGUUCGUGGCGGUGUAUCAGCCUGUUCAGACCUUUGUUGUUGCCAUUAUGGCUUCCAUUGCUUUAGGAGAAGAGUUCUACUUGGGCGGGAUCAUUGGGGCAGUGUUGAUUGUAGUGGGACUUUACCUUGUCCUGUGGGGUAAAAGUGAAGAGAAGAAGAUUAUAAAAGAACAACUUGCUAUUACAUCCACUGCAGAACACAGUAUCAUUAGGCCUGGAAGCCAAGCCAGAGCAUCAAUUAAUCAGCCACUCCUCUCUUCAUCAAUAACAGAGCAUGUUUGAUAUGAUCAAGAAAUUGAAAUUUCCCUGAGUUCAAAACAACAGCAUCUUUUGGUGUCAAGGACAAGAAAAGAGAAGAAUGAAUGAUACUAGUUAUAUAUUACUAGUACCUUAUGUCAGGAAGCUUGUGUGUUAAUUACAAUGAUGAGUUUUCAUCUUUUUCCUUCUUUUUAUUUUCUUGUAAUUCAAAUGCCUUUUAAUUAGUAGAUCAUUAAGAAUGAGAGGUUUUAUGGGAAUGAUUGUAUUGGUGGAUAUCACUUAAAGUUGGGCCAAGAGCCAGAAAUUCCAUAUGCUUUUAUAUGCUAAA